UUCCGAGAAGAGCAAAGUAGGACAAUGGCAUCUGGAGAGUGCCUUCUGCUAGACCUAGAGACAGAUAACUUCAUUCUCUACAACUUCUCUGUCAACCAGAGUGCAAAUUUCUCCCUCCUCGGCGACGACUGGUUCUACCCAGCGUUCCUCUACGCCAUCCCCACAAUCUAUGGGAUAAUCAUUUUGAUAGGCCUUGUUGGCAAUAUCACUUUGAUUAAGAUCUUCUGUACUGUUAAAUCAAUGAGAAAUGUCCCUAAUUUGUUCAUCUCCAGUUUGGCUCUGGGAGACCUGCUGCUUCUAGUGACUUGUGUGCCCGUGGAUGCCAGCAGGUUCCUUGCUGAUGAGUGGCUGUUUGGCAGAACUGGAUGCAAACUUAUCCCCUUCAUACAGCUCACCUCUGUAGGGGUGUCAGUCUUUACUCUCACUGCUCUCUCAGCUGACAGGUAUAAAGCUAUAGUAAGGCCAAUGGAGAUCCAAGCAUCCCAUGCACUGAUGAAGAUCUGUGUGAGAGCUGCUAUAAUCUGGAUUGUAUCCAUGUUGCUUGCCAUCCCUGAAGCAGUGUUUUCAGAUCUGCACCCUUUCCAUGACAAAGGGACUAAUAAAACCUUCAUCAGCUGUGCUCCUUACCCUCAUUCAGAUGGACUGCAUCCCAAAAUUCAUUCAAUGGCAUCAUUUCUCAUAUUUUAUAUCAUUCCCCUAUCUGUAAUUUCAGUAUAUUAUUAUUUUAUUGCUAAGAAUUUGAUCCGGAGUGCUUACAACAUCCCCGUGGAAGGAAAUGUGCAUGUGAGGAAACAGAUUGAAUCCCGUAAGCGCCUGGCCAAGACUGUACUGGUCUUUGUGUGCCUCUUUGCCUUCUGCUGGCUUCCCACUCACAUCAUCUACUUAUACCGGUCCUACCACUACUCCGAGGUGGACACCUCAGUGCUGCAUUUCAUUGCCAGCAUCUGCGCCCGGAUCCUGGCCUUCACUAACUCUUGUGUCAACCCAUUUGCUCUCUAUCUGCUCAGCAAGAGCUUUCGGAAACAGUUCAACAACGAGCUGCUCUGCUGCAGAGCUCGCCUCCUCAUCCGGUCCCAGAGCAUGGCCAGGAGCACCACACGAAUGACCUCCCUCAAGAGUACCAACCAUUCCCUGGCCACCUUCAGCCUUAUCAAUGGCAACCACCUUUACCAUGAGGGCUAUGUCUAAAGGGCACAGUCAGGCACCACCGUAUCGUGUACUUAGCACGGCUGCUUGACUUUGCUCCAGGGGGGUGGUGAGUAGCACGCACACGAAGGCACACAUGGAUGCACGGAGGUCUGAUGUGCUCAGAGAACUCAGAGGAGCUUGAAGCAUCUAACAUUUCAUCUUGGACUGAGGUUGAAGUAUCCAGCAUUUCACCCUGGACUGAGGCAUCAUCAGAGCAUCAGAUCAUGGAGCACCAGCCCACAGGAGCUCCCUGGGAAGUGCUGCAAGAAGUUGCUUCAAGACCUGCUGCUUCUACUGAGAGCAAAAUGAGCACCUUAAGAUCAAAUAUUGUUUAGCUCUGCAGAAUCUUCAUCACUUUCUGCUCAAUCCCAAACUCAUGCAGAUUUACAGCAGUGACAAAGAUCAUAUCAGGUGCACACAAUUUGUCAGAGCAGUUUCAUUCAUUAGUUCAUGGUAAAAUAUAUUUUGACAUAGAAAUAAAUCCAUUUAAAUAAGAUAAAUACUUUUACAAAGGAGUUCACUGCAGGUCAUUUACAGACUUUUCAAGUAUUUAUUAAUGUUCUGAGUACAGUAUUAAUUCAUGGUAUAAAAUGUUUCAACAGUUUACUGGGGCAUGUCAGUGGCCCCAUCUGAAAUGAAUAGUAUCUCGCACCACAUCAGUGUGAAAGCAGUAACAUGAAUAAAUGUGAGUUGGAAUAUGUU